GCGCAGAUUUCAUGGAAGCCCGCUUGAUCAGCUGCUGGCAGUUGGUGUUCUCAAUCACGUCCGCGUGGAGGCUUCAUCUAUACUACAGGCGCACUUCGGCGAAUAAUAUACGCACUUUCCGCAUCGCUCAGCGACCGACCAUGGCUGAAACAACAGCUACUCCGACAUCCAAGCCUAAGAAGACGAAAGGCUCCAAGAAAGCGACGUCGCAUCCCAAAUACUCCGAGAUGAUCAAAGCGGCCAUCGCAGCCGACCGGAGCCGCGGCGGCGGCGCGUCGCGUCAGUCCAUCCAGAAGUACGUGAAGAACCACUACAAGGUGGGAGACAACGCCGACUCCCAGAUCAAACUCGCCCUGAAACGCCUGGUGGCCAGCGGGCUUCUGCGACACACCAAGGGCAUCGGAGCCUCGGGCUCCUUCAAACUGGCCAAAGCCGAGGACGCCAAGAAGCCAGAGAAACCCAAACCAGCUCCCGUGAAAGUCAAGAAGCCUGCCAAAGCCGCUGCGAAGCCCAAGAAAGCCCCCAAGCCCAAAAAAGUGGCAAAAUCCCCCGCGAAACCUAAGAAAGCCGCCGAGAAGAAAGUGAAGAAGGCAGCGGAGAAGAAGAAAUCGCCUGUCAAAGCCAAGAAAGUUGUGAAGAAGACGAAGGUGGCCAAACCUGCCAAGGCGAGCAAAGCCAAGAAGGCGAAAGCGGCGAAACCCAAACCCAAAACAGCGGCCAGGAGAACGGCCAAGAAGAAGUGAACCCAAAUCGAUCGGAACUCAGUGUAAAUACACUUUUUGAAGCAAAUGUUUUUGGUAUAUUGUUAUUUUUGUAAGGUCUUCUGUGCGCGGACUUCAGCCCCACAUUUUUACAAGCGUGUUUGUUUCUCCAGAAACUUUUUUUUUGGUGCGCAUUUGCAAUUCUAUGAAGAAGAUCCCAGACACCGAAACGGCUGAACUGUUAUUUAUUUUUUUUAAAAAUUCUUUCUGGACGUUUUCUUCUUCUUGUUCUUCUUUAAGCUGAACUGUAUUGCACAAUAUUAUUAUCAUUCAGACAUUCUAAUUAAUUUGCCAAUUAGAUAUGUCGCUAGAAGAUGUAUUCCUCCUGUACGUCAUUCUAGGAACGUGAUGUCAUUGUAUGAAGAACGGUGCCCUGUACAGAAUCACCUUGUGACGUGGAUCGUUGUUGUCUAGUUCCAUUGCUGUCCAUAUAAUACUGUCAUUGUUCAUCAAUAAACUUUUCUAACUGCAAA